ACGAGAAAUCAUUCCACAGAUACCGCUGUGCUUAACAUGAGCUCAUUGAACAAUAAUAAUCUAAUGGGCGGGGUAUAUAAUAUAAACCCAACCAAAACAUAAAAGUAAACUGCACUGCUUCAACCUCGGUGUUCUGCGCGUGUCAUACGUACGUACACAUACACAAUUUCAACACUUUCUUAGCAGUGUAUAAAUUUUUUUCUCAAGCGCUACCCCGAAGAAAAAACACAUUUGUGUUAUUAGGAUACAGCAGCAACACAAAUGUGAAGCUGCCAAUCUGCCUCACCGAAUUUUAGCAAAUACGGAAGUGUCUAGAAGUGAAGAUCUCGCCUCGCUACAGUGGUGAAUGUCGCCCUAAAAAUCAAAACAACAACUGUGGGAAAUAAGCAAGUGGUUGAAUGUUACUUUGUGUCUGCACAUAGCCAGACACGGAGUACUCGUCUCCGAAAGAGUCCAUCAUGUCGAAUAUGGACAAACAUUUGUUCAACCUCAGAUUUGCCGUCAAGGAGCUACAGCGCAACUCAAAGAAAUGUGACAAAGAGGAAAAGGCAGAAAAGGCUAAAGUGAAGCAGGCUAUCCAGAAGGGUAACGUGGAGGCAGCCAGGAUCCAUGCAGAGAAUGCCAUCCGUCAGAAGCAUCAGUCCAUUAACUUCUUGAGGAUGAGUGCCCGUGUGGAUGCUGUGGCUUCUAGGGUCCAGACUGCUGUCACUAUGAACCAGGUAUCUAAAUCUAUGUCUGGAGUGGUCAAGAGUAUGGAUGCUACACUGAAAAGCAUGAAUUUGGAGAAGAUUUCUGCAUUAAUGGACAAGUUUGAAAACCAGUUUGAAACACUUGAUGUGCAGACAGCUCAGAUGGAAGACACAAUGGGCAAGACCACCACUCUGACAACUCCUCAGAGUGAAGUGGAUAUGCUGUUGCAUGAGAUGGCUGAUGAAGCAGGAUUGGAUCUUAACCUAGAGCUCCCUCCAGGCCAGACUUCCUCAUUGGUAUCAACUGUGGCAUCAACAGAGCAGGACGAACUCUCCCAGAGGCUGGCCAGACUGCGAGACCAGGUAUCAUAACGAUGCAGGAAAGAAAAGGGAGAGCACAGGAGAAGGAAAAGGAGACUGGGAGAGAAAAGUGAAAGAAAAACGUAGAAAACACAUUUAAAAAGGUGCCUGAAAGCUUUGUGCCCUUCGCUGUGUUCAAGGUUUGUUCUUUUGCGAGAAAUAAAGGAGUUGCCUCAUAGUAGAAAAGUGAUUAAUAGUGUUCAUUUGCACACUCACAUUUAACCUUUAUUUAUGAUUAUUUAUUUGCUCAGCAAUAUGACCCUGAUAUGUUUCUAACAACUAACAAAUCUUUCCAAACUGGUUAUGUAGCAUGUAUAAAAUGCAAUAAAAAUAUAUUUAUGUGUGAGUUUAUUUAUUUACCCACUGACUGGAUGUUGCUAAGGACAUGCUUUUACUCUAACUGUGUCUUUAAUGCAUGUCUGUUUUUCCUCCAGUUGUGGCUGUACUGUUGUAUCAAAUGUUAUUUUUUUAAUAUUUUACCCAGAAUGAUGACUCAUGGUAAACAUUUGUCUUGAUUGUGUUUUCUUCAUGUUGAAUGCACAGACAGAAAGUCAUUAA